AUACAAAUGCARUAGCAAUCGCAAACUACAUAUACGCGCUMGCUCAGUCAAGACAUUUUAGACUUUGAAAAGAAUUUAACUCAACGUGAACCAUCAAAUAACUUCGCAUCGAGCUUUUCGUGGCCAAUUGUUAGUGUAGCAUAGCUAUUAAGACCAACUGGUAAACAAGCAACAAGGAAAAACAUGUCCACAACGUUUUAUUAUUUUAUAUGCUUAUUAGCUCUAUCGUCUUCAAAACCUGCAUCAGUGAAGUUCAACUUUAUAGUUGCUAAAGAUACGACUUACACUGUCCAGUUGGGAGAAAUAACUGACAUCGAUUGCCAGACCGACGAYCAAGACGCUAGAGUCACCUUAUGGAAAAUUUUAUCCCCAAGAAACAUAAARCAAAUAGUAGCAAGCUCCAACGUCAUCGUGUAUAAUGGUAAAUUUCUUUUCAGAGAUACUUUCUCUGACGAUUUUGGCAAGUACCAGUGUCAAGCUGUUGACAAACUUGGAAACAAAAUAACAAAGAAAGUUUCCAUUGUGUUAGACAAUUCCAAGGCAACACUUGUAAUGAACCCAGAUGAGGACGUCCUUACAGUGAUUGCUGGGAGUUCUUUCAAGUUAACCUGUGAAACAAACAAACCAGGAAGUGAUACAAUAAGGUGGACGUUCGRCAGACGCGUGAAGCUGCAGCAUUCAGACUACACUACGUCUACCAACGACUAUCAAAUGAGCAAUGGCAUCAAGCAAAGUGUGUUAGAUGUGUAUAGAGCUAAACAGGGCUUCACAGGAACCUAUAAAUGUGAACGUACUACUCUAUUCGGAGCGGUGAUCAGUAAAAGACACAUUUAUGUCCAGGUUAUAGCUCCCAAGAUUCCAUUAAUCACGAAUCCAAAGCGUGAAACGAUAGUAGUGAGAGGGGGAAAACCGACAGAUCUCGACUGUGUUGCCGCUGGCAAUCCAACGCCCACUGUGACAUGGGAAAAGGAUGGUAUUCCAAUAUCAACCUGUAAAGUGAUGUUCACUCAUGUUUGUGCCAAUAAGCCCUACUUGAAAACAAACAAAGGACUGCACAUUGUCUCAGCCACAUUCCCAAAGGAUAAUGUCUCGUUCACUUGCAAGGCUACAAAUGUCGCUGGUUCUGUGACAAAGACGUUUGAUGUCGUCGUUACAGAUCCACCAAAAGUUUAUUUUACAGCUCAUAAGGUCGCCAGAUAUGAUACCAAGAUAUAUCCCUUAACUUGUAAGGCUACUAAAGGGAACCCGCCACCAAAAUUCAAGUGGACUUUUAUGUUGAAGUUAGGAAGCUACCAAACCAAGUGGUUAGAUAUUGCAACACCCCCUAAACAUCACGUGACCUAUGCAAAAGAUGGUAUGUCCAGCACAGUGUAUAUUCCAGGUUUUAUAAUAAAUGCCGUCUACAAAUGCACUGCAACGAACAAGUAUGGAACGUCGUCAGAAGAUGUUCGUUUUUUUCGAGUCAAGCCGUGGGGGUAAUCAUUUUUAAAGAAGGAUAUCUUCCAUAUAUGGUUGUACACAAACACGGCGCUGAUGUAACACAGAACGCUCUCGUGUACAUAUGACACACAUAUACAUCAUGUACAUAUGAGAAGAACUUAUAAAAACUAAAAGAAAUUUUAAACGGAGAGCAUGAAGAUUCAAACCAAGUGCUUUGUAUUGCCAAUCUCUAUAUUUUGCCAUUAAGUCAUGAUUUUUUGCGGUAUUUAUAUAACCUAUACUAAAUUAAUGCACCGUCUUCAAAGUAUCAAAGCCCUGUGUAUGUACAUCCAUAUAUGGAAGCCGUGCGACAGCAUCCCUAGCAUGUGACGUCACGGGUGGAMAAGAAAAAAGAUUGUAUCCAUUGUUUUGCAUUCCAAUCCUCGAAACCAGCCAAAUUCGCACUGUAUUAGUUUCUGUUUAGUUGCUCUAUGGUCACUUGACCAGAAUAUUGUGAAUAAGAUCAGUGUCAACAAGUAGUUAUUUUUUKGGGGGAAMGCUGAAUACAUUGAACUAUAGUUGUGAUGUAAAAAAUCAUAAAACGUCAAGCAGAGACCCAAGGACUUCAUGGAAAAUAACAUAACUAUAAAUUAAUAUCGUACUUGCGAGCAUUUGUAGAUCAAAAUAGUUUUAGUUGUAGCUUUAAGUCGCUAUUAGCUGGAGUGUAAUUGAUAUUUCAUUAAUACUCAUCAUCCCUUGUUGCCUUUCGGUCUCAGACUUUACGCUUUUUAUGAUUAGCUAUUCACUCUGAAAAGAGGCUUAUAUAUUUGYGGGCAUACAUAUUGAUGUUCUACAGAAACCUAGCAUUAUUAUGAUAUUAUUAUCCAUUGUAGUCUUUUCAGUGCCGGGAUGAGACAUAAACCUCAUUUUAAGGAAAAUUUGUCCAUUGGAGUACCCAUGAUACCUUGUCACAUGAGUGCGUCAAAUUCCCAGGUGACAAGUUUUCCCGAAAAGAGGACAGGCAACUCGUUUUAACGAAAAAAAUACAUACUGAGGAUUAGUGUACUUAGAUAUCCAACGCCUAGGAACCGAUUACUAUCUGACCAAUUGUAUCAUAACAUAACAUUUUAAAGUUACACUCAGAUUGAGUUAUUUUAAGUAAGUGGUAAAUUUACCCAAAACAAGUUUUACGUCGUAUAAAGAUAAACCUUGUUAAUUCCAAUUAUCAUUAUGUAAAUAUGUUUUGAUUAUUAAUAAAGUUGUUACAGUAUUGAA